UAUAAAUUAUAUUUUACAACCUUUGUAUGUUUUCUAUUAGCUUAUUAUAUAGGCAAAAAUAUGACGGCAAACAUACAACACCCUAGUAAGGUUAAUAUGCAUUAUGGUUUGGGCCAUAGGUUUAGCCUUUAAGACACGAACAGCCCAAAAUGUGAAUGGAUGAGUGAUGAUGACGAUUGACGAUAUUGACCGCCCCAAAAAGGCGUGGCUGACGGGGCGGCAUACUUUUCUAUACGGUUAUUAUAGUAAAUUCACACCGAACACCCUUCUCUUCCCAAACAAAUACAGUUCAUUCAUGUCACAUACGCACUGUAAGGAGUCCACGAGGCUGCAAAAACUAGAAACUUCUUCACCAAAUCACCAAAUUCGGUUCCUCGAUUAGCAGCCAGAAACUCCAAGAAGCUUUCAAGAUGCCCAAGGAUCGAAGAUCUUCAUCUCUCGAUAGGUUUAGGGCAUCACCAUAUCCACCUUGCUACAAGAAAGCUGAUAAAACAAAAUCCAAAUCCCCCUCUCCACCAAUUGGAAACGAGAAAGAAUGGGAAGAAGCUAGAUGCCCUAUUUGCAUAGAUCACCCUCACAAUGCAGUCCUUCUUCUUUGUUCUUCUCGUGAAAAAGGAUGUCGCCCAUACAUGUGUGACACAAGCUCACGCCACUCAAACUGCUUUGACCAGUUUCGAAAGUCAACCAUGAACAUGAACCCUAAUUCCUUACAACAACAACAAACAAAGCUUGUUUGCCCUCUAUGCAGAGGUCAAAUCAAUGGUUGGAUUGUAGUGGACCCUGCACGCCAUUUCAUGAACAAAAAAACAAGAACUUGUUCAUCAGGAACCUGUGAUUUCACUGGAAACUAUUCAGAGUUGAGGAAACACGCGAGGCGUGAUCACCCGUGUGUGCGACCCACAGAAGUGGACCCUGAUAAGGAACUUGAAUGGAGGAUUUUAAGGGAAGAUAUGGAACAUCAAGACAUUUUCAAUAUGCAAUUUGAGUUUGAUGAUAAUGAAGAGCCAAUUGAUCAAGUUUUGGAAGGUUUGAGUGAACUCGCGAGUCCAAUGUGGGAUAUUGAUUUGGAUUUUAUGAGCUUUUUGACUAAUUUUGAAACAGAAUUUGAUAAUAUUUUUCCGGAAGUUGAUGGGAAUAUGGUGAUGGAUGAUUGGGAGAAUAUGUUUGGGUUUUUAGCUUCUUCACAUGAGCCAGAGAUUAGGUCAAGAGGAGGAGGUCAAAACAGGUCAAGGGAGAUUGGUUUGACUACUACUAGAAGAAGAAGCAUUAGAAAUGGAAGACAAAGGGCAAAUCGGUCAAAUCAAAGUUCGGAUACUCAACAGGCUCGGAUGAUGACUCCUUGGGUUGAUUUUCUUGACAUUGACUCGAAUCUUCCUUAAAAUGCUUGCUAUUAGUUUCUCAUAGUACUUAUUUUGGGAUCAGGUACAAUUUCAAAAAAAGAUUAAAAAAAAAAGAUGGUAUUUUGAUUAUCUGUUUUUUAUUUAUUACUUUUGCUGUCUAUUAUAUAUGUAUUUCUGAUUUACUUCAUGAUCUGUAGAAGUGGUAGUAGUUUAUGGAUUGAUUUUUCUUUUGCUUUCUGGAAAGUGAUGAAACUUUGUCCUUUUGUUUUC